AUGGCCCACGGUGGGGCUCAGGGGCAGCUACUGGGGGCUGAUGGGCAAGAGGUACAGCCAGAGGCACUGGUGAAGGAGCUAAGCCGCUGUGGGGCCCUUCGGGGCUGCCCCAAGAUCUUUCUGCUUCAGGCUUGCCGCAGGGGGCACAGGGACACUGGCCUGGGGCCCACAGCUCUCCCCUGGUUCAGGUGCUGGCUGCGGGCACCACCAGCCACCCCCUCCCAGGCAGAUGUCCUCCAGAUCUAUGCUGAUGUGCAAGGCAGCUUGUCCAGGGGCCCUACUCCAGGGAGCUCUAAGCAAGCAGACAUCCUUCUAGUCUACGCAGCUGCAGAAGGCUGUGUAGCCUAUAGGGAUGAGAAGGGCUCAGACUUUAUCCAGACUCGGGUGGAGGUCCUCCGAGCUGACCUCAGGGGAGACCUCCUGGAGCUGAUGACUGAGGUCAGUCGGCAGGUGGGCGAGCUGGAUGUGCUGGGUCCCGACUGUGAUGCGCACCGCAGGGCCUUUCUGGAGAUCCGCAGCUCCUUGAGGCGCCGGCUCUGCCUGCAGGCCUGA